CGCGUGGCGGCGCGGGGGAUCCCCGCGUUUAUAAGCGCAGGAGUUUCUCAGUGCGUCACAGCGAGCCGCGCAGCCAGGAUCCCUCGGCCCGGUCCCGCUGCGCCCGGCGUAGAGAGCCAGGAAUCGACCGCCAGAGAUUUUCUGGUUUUGGACUUUGUUCUGGUUCGGAGCAGAAGCCGUGGUUCUGAUCCGGUUCGGAGGACCCGCAGCAGCUGUAUGGAGGAUCUGAACUUUUGCCACAGAGGAGAUGAAAUCUGCAGAGGAAGAUGCCUUCGGCUUCUCGCCCAGCGUCAGCCUCUCCCUCCCUCUGGCCUCCCAGUUUCUCCAGUCCAGCCCCACCAUUUCCGUGUCCGUGGCAGAGCCUGAGACCUUUGACCCCCAUGACAACCCGCAGUCGGCCGGCUUCUACUCGCCGGUGCGGCCGGACGGCGGCGCGGCCCCGGAGGGCCCCCGCAUCGAGAUCACGGCCUACGGCCAGAUGCCCGAGGACGAGCCGCAGCGGGGCGGCAGCCCGGCCGCCCAGCGGGUCGCCUCCAUCGUGACACUGCCGCUACCCGGCGCCGACCUCUACCGCGACCCCAGCUGCCUGAGCCCGGCCAGCAGUGUGUCGUCCCGAAGCGGGCUCUCCGACGCCUCUUUUGAGUCCGGCUUCUCCUACAACUACGACAACUCGCCCCAGAACUCGCCCUGGCAGUCCCCCUCCGUCUCGCCGAAGGGCUCCACCCUGGCCCUGCCAGAGGACGGCGCCGCCACAUCCCCCCGCGCCGAUGCGACAGACGACGGCUGGACAGCGCCACGGGGGUCCAGGCCCGGCUCGCCCUGCGGAGCCAAGAGGAAGUACAGCCUCAACGGCUUCCCGUCGCCCCCCGACCCCUCGCCCCGCGCCUCGCCCCGCCUUAGCCUGACGGAGGACAGCUGGCUGCCUAACACCAACCAGUACACCAACUCCGCCAUCUUGGCCGCCAUCAACGCCCUCUCCACCGAUGGCAUGGCCGACCUCGGCGACGGCGUCCCCAUAAAGGCCCGGAGAACCAGCCUGGAGCUCAGCCCCACCGUCAGCCUGAAGCAGGAGCCCAGGGGGGCGGAGCCACACCAGGACGAACCGCUGGCCAGCCGAACGGCCCUGAAGAAGGAAGGCUACUUCCUGGACGUUCCUCAGAACCUGUUCAGCUGGACGAAGCCCAAGCAGUUCCUCAGCCCGUCUCUGCCGGCGCUGGACUGGCAGCUGCCCAGCAGCUCCGGCGCCUACAGCCUGCAGAUCCACGUCCAGCCCAAGUCGCACCACCGGGCGCACUACGAGACGGAGGGCAGCCGCGGCGCGGUGAAGGCGCUGGCCGGCGGACACCCGGUGGUCCAGCUCCACGGCUGCACCGACAGCGAACCUCUGACCCUGCAGCUCUUCAUCGGCACGGCGGACGACCGGCUGCUGCGGCCCCACGCCUUCUACCAGGUCCACCGCAUCACGGGAAAGACGGUGUCCACGCCGAGCCACGAGGUCCUGCACAACAACACCAAGCUGCUGGACAUCCCGCUGCUGCCGGAGAACGACAUGCGCGCCAUAAUCGACUGCGCGGGAAUCCUGAAACUCCGUAACUCCGACAUCGAGCUGAGGAAGGGCGAGACAGACAUCGGCCGGAAGAACACGCGUGUCCGGAUGGUGUUCCGGGUUCACGUCAGCCAGCCGGGCGGCAGGACCGUUUCUCUGCAGGUCGCAUCCAACCCCAUCGAGUGCUCCCAGAGGUCGGCGCAGGAGCUGCCGCUGGUGGACAAGCAGAGCCUGGAGACGAGCCCGGCCCCCGGGGGGGGAACCAUGGUCCUGGACGGACACAACUUCCAGCGCGACUCCAAGGUGCUGUUUGUGGAAAAGGCUCAAGACGGCCACCAUGUCUGGGAGAGCGAGGCCACGGUGGAGAGAGACGCGCUGAGGCCGAACUCGCUGCUGGUUGAAAUCCCGCCGUACCGGACGCUGCGCCUCUCCGCCCCCGUUCACGUCAACUUCUACGUCAGCAACGGCAAGAGGAAGCGAAGUCAGCUGCAGCGCUUCUCCUACGUUCCCACCAACGUUCUGACGAUAAAGACGGAGCCGCAUGACGACUACAGCGCCGCCCUGCUGAGCAGCCAUGCAUCGCUGCACCCAAAGCCGUAUUACGGCCCCCAGGUCGCCUCCCCGGUGACCUCCGACCUCAGGCCAUGCGUUGUGGGCGGGGCUUACGGCCGCUCGCCCGCCUCCAGCCCCAAACUCCAGGAUCCCCAGAACCCGGCCCGGCCCGCGGGCCCCCCGGAGGCCCCUGAACCUGCAGGGCGGGUCCUGGAGGGGGGCGUCAGCAUCAAGGAAGAGCCGCAGGAGCUGGACCAGAUGUACCUGGAUGACGUCAACGAGGUCAUCAGGAACGACCUGAGCAGUGACUCCGCCCACAGCCACGCCUAGGCCCCGCCCACAGCCACGCAGACUCCGCUCUCAGCCACGCCUAGGCCCCGCCCUCAGCUACGCAGACUCCGCCCACAGCCUCCCACAGCCCCGCCCACAGCCCCACGUCGGCCCCGCCCACAGCCCCACGUCGGCCCCGCCCACAGCCCCACGUCGGCCCCGCCCACAGCCACAUACACACUGGUAGCUUUAGGGUGUGGCCCGCCCCUGAUCCUGCCCCUGCAGCCUGCAGGAGGAAAUGCGACCAGAACUACUGUGACGGUUCUCCAGGGUCCAAAUGUGCCUUCAGGUUCGGAUCUUCCAUGUUUUCUGGUUGUUUUUUUCCCAAAUCCUCUCCGUGAGCGACCGGUCCUCACAGCACAGGAUUCUUUCAGUGCCUUUGAACUGGAAACCAGGAGCAACAAACUGAACAGUUCCUGUUUGGAACCUCAGUUCUUCUGAACAUCGGUUCACUUAGAGCUUCUUUGGUUCCUGCUGCCGCCAUGUUUGUUUCGUCUGCUGGGAACUAAAAAAUGAAACAAAUGUUUUUUAUCCCUUUAACUUUUCCAAAGGAAGCCGUCCAAUCAGGGCUCAGCGUCCACCAUGCAUGUUUCAUGUAAUGCAUUCAUGGUCCGUCCUCUGGAGUCGCCCUCUGCUGGCUGGGAGACAGAAUGCAGCUGCACAGGAAACUAAAUAAUAAUCAAACAUUUAUUAACUCAUUUAAAGUUUCACUUAACUUUGCAGCAAAUCCAGAAAUUCAAGCAUAAAUAAUUUUUGUAGACACAAUAAUUCUGAUUGAAAUUUUCGACAAACUAAACAUUUCUAUAAACAUUAGCUGCUUGGAUCAAAUUAAAAUAAUUAAUUUGAACUAAAUUCAAGUAAAACAGCUGAAUUUCAUUAUUUAAAUCUGUGGAUUUAAAUCAUUUUAUCUGUGAUCAAACUUAUCAAGCAAUAAUCUAGUUUUCAGUUCGUUUCUACAGGAUGAUCAUUUUAAACUGACUUGUUUUUACAUUUCCUGACCGGAGCUGAAGGUUCCUGCAGUUUCAGUCGGUUUUUAUACCAAAAUGCAUUUUUAUACUUUAUUUUUCACAUCUUUCAAAGCUGCAUUUUAAAUCUUUCAACUUUAUUUAGUUUCUUUUCUCUGAAUGUGUUUCUGGUUUGAAUGAUUGAAUCAGUUGGUGACAUGACCUCUCCCAGCCACCGUACUCCGCUUUGCUUUUCCUCCUGUACACGUUCCAACAGGAAGAGGAAGUGAUGUCAUCUGUGGAUUUCAAACUGGUUCUUUAAAACUUGACCUGCUGCUUUUCUAAAAGCUGAUUUUACGAAGCAAACGGAGGUUUAAAUAUUUAUGAGUUUAAAGUUUCUGAUCCACUUCAGGACGUUUCAAUAAAAACUGAUUCAUCUGAACUUUUCCUCGUUUUUCGGCCUUCGAGUCGAUUCUUUACUUGGAUUCAGUUUGUUUGCUGACAGUCGGAUGCAAAGCUGAACUGAUUUAUUGGGAAUUAUUUUCAUACUUCCAACAAACAAACAAACGUUUAAAAGAAAAAUGAUGAAUUUCUGGAAGCUUGAAGAAUCUGCAGGAAAUGUAAAACCUCCUUCCUGAUGCAGGUCGAGUCCAAACCAACGAACUUCUGAGCAGUAAAACCAAAUGAAGAGAAAAGUUCAGGUGAAGAAUCUAAACGUGAUUCUAGAAAAUUAAAAACAUGAAAAUCUGCACAGAAUUUCCAUAAACCUUCAAAUGAUCUGAAUGUGAAUAAAGAUCAUUUAUCUCUAAUCUUGGAGAAAAAUUAAUUCCCUUUGUGAUCAAAAGUAUUUUGGAAUUGAAUUCAUAUGAAUCCUGAUUGUAAUAAAUCCUCAAUAAUC